AUGUGUUUACAAUUCCGAUCUAGGUUGGCUAAAGAUAGACCACGUUAUACCUUCUUCGAUGGUCCUCCUUUCGCAACCGGUCUACCUCACUACGGCCACAUUUUGGCUGGCACAAUCAAGGAUGUAGUAACGAGGUGGGCUCAUCAGAAUGGUUACUUUGUUGAACGGCGUUUCGGUUGGGAUACGCAUGGUCUUCCUGUGGAAUAUGAAGUAGACAAGACAUUAGGCGUAAAAGGUCCCAGUGACAUUUAUGCCAUGGGAAUUGACAAAUAUAAUGCCGAAUGUAGAAGUAUCGUUAUGAGAUAUGCUCAUGAAUGGGAGGUAACAGUUGCCCGUAUGGGCCGCUGGAUCGAUUUUCGCAAUGACUACAAAACCCUUUAUCCCUGGUUCAUGGAGAGUGUUUGGUGGGCAUUCAGCGAACUUUUCAAGAAAGGUCUUGUCUACAGAGGUGUCAAGGUCAUGCCAUUCUCUACGUCGUGUAACACUCCGCUUUCAAAUUUUGAAGCCGGACAGAACUACAAGGAUGUUGUUGACCCUGCCGAUCCGUCGAAUGGCUUGGAAUAUGUUGUAUUGGAGGAACGUUUGUUCGAGCUGAAGAAUGAUAACUUAGAGGUCUUGGAGAAGGUGAAAGGUCGUUCCUUCGAAGGAAAAACAUACAAUCCACUGUUCCCAUAUUUCACCUACAUGAAAGCCGAGAAGAACGCAUUCCGCGUUCUUUGCAACACUUUUGUCACCACUGAUCAGGGUACUGGUAUUGUACAUCAAGCUCCAUAUUUUGGAGAAGAGGAUACUAUGGAGCGAAAUUCUCUGUUUCGCAAGAAUUCAAUUGAUUACCAAACUUGCCUUGAAAAUGGGAUAAUUACAAAGGACAUGAAGAUCAUAUGUCCUGUGGACGAAAGUGGCCGGUUCACUGAGGAAGUGAGCGAUUUCGCAGGAAUGUAUGUGAAAGAUGCUGAUAAGCUGAUUUGCAAGCGAUUGAAGGAGAGCGGUAACCUUAUCAAACAAGGAGAAGUGAAACACUCUUACCCCUUCUGCUGGCGUUCGGAUACUCCUCUGCUAUAUAAAGCUGUUCCGUCUUGGUUCAUUCGAGUGGAACAUAUUGUGCCCAAACUUCUGGCAAAUAAUGAACAAACUUACUGGGUCCCUAAUUUUGUAAAAGAGAAGCGCUUUGCAAACUGGUUACGAGAUGCCCGGGAUUGGGCAGUAUCUCGUAAUCGCUUUUGGGGAACUCCAAUUAAUUUGUGGGUGAGCGACGAUCUGGAAGAGAUUGUGUGUCCCUCGAGUAUAGCCGAACUUGAGCGACUCACUGGUACCAAAAUCACCGAUAUCCAUCGAGAAAGUGUCGACCAUCUCACCAUUCCUUCCAAGACAGGUCGUGGAGUUCUGAAGCGAGUUAGCGAGGUUUUCGACUGCUGGUUCGAAUCUGGCUCUAUGCCCUACGCUCAAAACCAUUAUCCUUUUGAGAACAAGAAAAUGUUUGAAGAUAACUUCCCGGCUGAUUUCAUUGCUGAAGGAAUCGAUCAGACGCGAGGAUGGUUCUAUACACUUCUCGUACUAUCCACUGCUCUCUUCAAUAAGCCACCAUUUAAGAACCUCAUUUGCAAUGGACUUGUGCUUGCCUCUGAUGGCAACAAGAUGUCCAAGCGUAAGAAGAAUUAUCCAGACCCGAUUGAAGUUGUACAAAAAUACGGUGCCGACGCACUCCGCCUGUAUCUUAUCAACUCCCCUGUGGUACGGGGAGAGAAUCUCCGUUUCAGAGAGGAAGGAGUGCGUGAUUUGCUGAAAGAUGUUUUCUUGCCGUGGUUCAACGCAUUCCGAUUUUUCGUGCAAAACGUUCAACUUUACGAACAUGGUAGUGGGAAAGUAUUCUCGAUGAAAGAAAUGAAGAGCGAAAAUGUAAUGGAUAGGUGGAUUGAAUCGUUUACCAACAGUUUGGUGCGGUUUGUCCGCAAGGAGAUGGCCGAAUACCGGCUUUAUGCGGUGGUAACUCCUCUUACGAGGUUCUUCGACACAUUAACUAACUGCUACAUCCGUUUGAACCGAAAGAGAAUAAAGGGCGAUUUCGGUGCAGAUGACCAAAUCCAUGCACUUUCUGCCCUUGGACGUGUUCUCAUCCUCAUUGUUCGACUUAUGGCACCAUUUACGCCAUUUUUCUGUGAAUAUGUGUGGAAGAACUUGCGUAAAGUGACUGGGGCUUCCGAGGAAUCUGUACACUAUACCUUGUUGCCGACUUCGGAUGAUAGUCUGAUCGACACAGCUGUAGAAAGGAGGGUGCAGGCCAUGCGAGAAUGCAUCGAUCUAGUGAGGGUUUUACGAGAACGUAAAGCGAUACCUGUCAAGUACCCACUGAAAGAAAUGAUUGUGGUUAACCGAGAUGGCCAAUUUUUGGAUGAUCUGAAGAGCUUGGAGCACUAUAUUCUAUCAGAAGUGAAUAUUCGCCAAUUGACAGUAUCCCAAGACAAGCACAAGUACGGUAUCACCCUGAAGGCGGAUCCUAACUUUAGAAUGCUCGGAGCACGGUUGAAGGGCGAUCAGAAGAAGGUCGUGGACUACCUUAAAACUCAGGUUACCGAGAACGAACUAGAACAGUUCCUGGUUGAAGGCGAGUGGCUUCAGUGUUUUGAGAUAUCGGUUGGGAUUAGUGGGCUGCGGAAAGGCAAAUUGACGGUGUGUGGGCAUGAGCUUUCGCUUGAAGAAGUUAGUGUGAGCUAUACUUGUGCUCAAAAUGGCACGAAUGAUCACGGCUACGAGACACAUUCAAACGGAAAGACUAUCGUAAUGCUUGAUGUGUCGGAAGACUCGUCUUUGGUUGAUGAAGGUCUCGCUAGAGAAAUUACAAAUCGAGUGCAGAAACUGAGAAAAGCGGCCAAGUUAAUAUCUACGGACCCUGCCGUGGUUUAUUGCGUGGUGGAACCAGAGUCUUGCCAACUGGCUUCAGUUCUUACGUCGCACAAGGACAGAAUUGAGGAAGCUACAGGGACGCCGUUGCGAUUAGAGCGACUACCAGAAGGUAAACGCGCUACCGUUUCCAACGUCAGUACUGUCAAGGAUGCUGAAGUUUCGCUAUGGCUUAUUGCCGAUGCUCUAACGGAUACCGUUUCGGUUGGUCUCAAUGGGAAAACCAUUCGUAUUCGUUUGAAAUCGAGUACGGAUAAAGUGCUGAGUUAUAGCGAUCUACUUUAUGAGAUCCGCUCAGCAUUGGAUUUGUGGAAGGGGAAGGUCUGGCUCAUUCUCAGUGAUGGAAAACGCUUCCAUCCAACUACUCCUGUUGAAGAGCUGAUUGGCCAGUUCGUGACAAUACAAACGUAG